ACUCUCAGUAAGUACUCGUUUAUUGACAAAUGAUUGUCUCUUUUCAUGCAAUCCAAUCCCUCUAAAUGUUCUAAAAAUUCAAAGUUCUUUGACAGUGACGAUUAUUUUUUUAUUGGAAUUAUUGAAGUUCACUUUUUGAACCAAUUAUGGUUCAUCUGUGGAGAAGGGUUUCAAUGUUCCUAUACAAGAGAAAAGUCGUCUGUGGAGUUUUUGUAGCAUUUGUGCUCUACUUGAUGCUAAGACUGAAAAAAUAUAAUGUCAAAUUUGAAUCGGUCGUUCGCAAAGCAAAACCUAUAGAUGUGUGGGAGUAUGUAGCGGAUUUCAGUAAUAUGCCAAAAUUGAAUCCAACAAUAGUAGACUUUAGCAUACACGAAGAGCGAGGCGAUUACAAGACUUGGGUUUAUGAAGUUAGUUACACCGAAUUCCUCUCACAUCUGCCAUUCAUCUAUAAUUAUGGAAAAGCGGAAUACGAAGUGAAACCUGCAAAUGAAGAACAGUUUCUCAUCAAUUCAAAACACAGAACAUGUUUCUUCUCUUCAUUUGCUUGUGUUAAUUCGUGGUCGACAUUCAAAUUCGAGCCGGAGAAAGGCACUGAGACAGCGACUCAUUGCACUGAAAAUGUCAUCUUCGAAUGUCCAGCACUAUUCUCUUUUCUCUGCGAAAGUGAAGUUCUCUACCAACGAAGAACCAUAGUCUCCAAUUUGCAGAAAGAAUUCAGUAAACUGCCGUCUUGAUUUUCGGGGUACAUGAAAUGUGUUCAAUUUGGGUACCAUUAUUUAUAAUUGUGAAUGAACAUUUAGUGGAUGUCAAGUAGAACUAUUGUAGAUUUAUCAAUUUUCACGAUUGUGAGAUCAAAUCAUAACAUAUUCACAAAAUUUUACUGCAUAUUGCAUCAUUCAUUUCUGAUAAGAAUAAUAGAGAUAAUCGUCACAAUCAUAUGCAUUCGAGAAGGAACUCAAAACAAUAACUGAUAAUUCUCUUUUUCAAAAACUAGAAGAUCAAGGUGAUGAUGAUGAUGAUCAUUAUGAAGAAGAAGGAGAACAAGAAGACGAAGAAGAAGAAGAUGAAGAAGAAGAAAAAGAAUAUUAUGAUGAUGAAGAAGAAGAUGUAGAUGAAUAGAUGAAAAUUAUGAAGAAGAAGAAGAUGAUGAUCAUGAUGAUGGAGAUGAAAAUGAAGAUGAUGAUGAUGAAGAAGAAGAUGAUGAUGAUGAUGAUGAUGGAUGUGAUUCUGAAGAUGAUGAUGAUGAUGAUGAUGAUGAUGGAUGUGAUUCUGAAGAUGAUGAUGAUGAUAAUGAAGAUGAUAAUGAUGACGAUGAUGAUGAUGAUUAUGAAGAUGUUGAUAAUGAAGAUGAUGAAAAUGGAGAUGAAAAUGAUGACGAUGAAGAAGAAUAUGAUUAUGAUGGUAAUGUAGAUGAUAAGGAUCAUCAUUAUGAAGAUGAAUAAGAAGAUAUUUGUGAAUAUGAAGAUGAGGAUGAAGAUGAUGGUGAAUAUGAUGGAGAUGAGGUAAAAAUGAAUAUGAUGAUGGAAAUGAAGAAUAAGAAGAAGUAAAAGAAGAAGAAGAUGAGGAAGAGGAAGAGUGAGAGAAAGAGGAUGAAGAUGUAGCUUCAGAUUGGACCUCUGCUCCUUUAGAUUCGACGCCUUGCUUCAACAUUCCCAGCUCGGCGUUUUCUGCAUGCAUUGCUUGAUCAUGCAUUGGUGGUGAAGUAGCUGUGCUCAGAGCGAUCAGAGAACGCUGAGUUGAACAUAUUGAGCCAAGGCGUUGAAUCUGAAGGAACAGAUGUCCAAUCUGAAAAAGUGAUCAACAUGAAACAGGCAAUGAAAAACUUCAACUUUCACUAUCUUUAACACUUGCUCUUCUCCUCUCCCUCAUUCUGUCCCUCCUCAUCCUCCUCUUCCUCACCGAUUCGUCUGUGAUAUUUGACAAGUUACUUCGCUCCAAUAUGUUUCCUCCCGAUUCAUCCCGUGUUUUUCUUGUAUUCUAUGAUGAGGAGAAUUAUCAGUAACCUUUUACCUUUACUUAUAGAGAAUUUACCUUUUUUCUUAAAGAUAAAAAAGGUAACAACGAAACUUCAGGGGUCCAUUCGUCUCUCAUCAUAUUCCUCCUAUUACUCACACACAGAUAUUGGCUUUUGUGGGUAUCAUCCUCGCUCAGUUAUAAAUAUUGUUUACAAUAUCACUUCAGUUAGUAGAAUUGAUUUCCUAUAAAUUGAAUCAGAUUAAAUGAUUGAAUUAAUUUCGUAUAUUCCGUUCUUAUACUUUUUAGUAAGGUACAUUAGGUUUGGAAUGCCAUGACUGUUUUAACAUUUUAGGUGUAGUAAAAUUAAUUUACUUGAGAAAUUUUUAGUAUAUUUCUUCAUAGUACAGAAGUAGAAGUCAGUACUUUAGAAGUAAUAGUAUAGAUGUAAAAGUCAAUAGGCUACUGUAGAAGUUAAUUUUGUAGAGUUAGUUGCAGAAGAUUCUGUAGUUUGUACUGUAGUAGUAUAUUUUGCAAGUAGGCCUAUCUGUAUUUUUGUACUUUUUUAUCUAAUGCACGUUUUCGUAUAAUUAUAACAUCUAUUUCACUAAUUUGGACUGGAUUAUUCAAAUAAUAUUUGUCUAGAUAUAGUAUAUAGUAUGUCGUA